GGAACUCUGCUACCUCAUUCAAACAAUGUCUCAUGUCUUGACCAGAAAGUCCAGUGAAAAUAGGGGAUGUUUAAUUCUUAUGAAUUUGGUGGAGCUUUUUUGUUGUUGUAAGGCCUCUCACACUUAUCACGCUUUCCUGAAUUAAGAUAUGCUCCCUUCCGAUGACCACCAAAGACCAAUCAUUUGUCACGUUAAAAGUGUAUUUAUGGCAUCAAGACGACACGCAUCCGCAGGGACUGCCGUGAUCAUUUUUUUUUACGUCAUGCGAUCCAACUUAACGUUCUUUCCCCGGUGUUACUUAUGCCGGAUGGAAUGAGGUAUGUAAAUAAAGUUGACUUGAAUUUGAAAAUGUAAAACAAGUUUUUCGUCACGGCCACGCAGUGCUGGCAUCCGUGACGACCACGAACGCCAUCUUGACUCCUGGCAGGUUGGCAGCCAGCUAGCCGGGCGGCAGGCUAAUGCUGACGACUCUACUUUCAAGAAUGUUUCGGGGUUCACGGCUGGUGACCAGGUCUUGUCCGUUAAGGUCAAUGCUGCAACUGAAUGAGUCCAACUAUGCACACACUCGAUGGCAUCUGAAAGGAUCGAGGCAUGACACCGUGAAUGGAAGGAGGUCAUUCUCCGCAGAGACUGCAUCCUGCCCAACAAAGAAGUUUCUUUUGAACUUACACUGUGACAAUAAACUAAUGCAAAAAGCCUCAUUACCACACCGGAAAUCAAAAGAUCCUGGGAAGUCUCCUUGGAAGCGCCUCAAAACUGUGAACACUCAGGACUAUUUAUCCCACUCAACUUGCUGUGCACCUCAGAGAAAAUUCUUGGAUAUUUGUCAUCCUUCACACAGUUUAAACAAUACAAUUUACUACCAUCAUUACUGUUACAGACAAAAGUUUGUUAGUUGGUUAGAAAAUGUCCAAAGGAGAGCGCAAGCCUACAGCCUCUCUUCUCACCAAACCAGAGCAGUUGAUGGAGCUUGGAGUGAGUGUCUAACACCGGAAAAUGAAAAGAGGUGUCGCCGGAACCUGGCGCCAAAUUUGAAGAUGUAUGAUGUGGAAAAGGGGCAAAAAACUCAGAGCCAAGGAAGAUGGGCAUCCAUUUUGGUGUCUCUCUGCAGUGUAGGGGGACAACCAGCAUUUCUGUUCACGCUACGCUCCAGAAUGUUGAAAGGUAGACACAAGGGAGAUGUCAGCUUUGCAGGAGGAAAGAGUGAUCCAUCAGACAGUGAUGUGGUGGCCACAGCGUUGAGGGAGGCCCGGGAGGAGCUUGGCGUUAAUGUGUCAAACGAAAGUGUGUGGGGUGUCCUGAAGCCCCUUCGGGACACGUCAGGGAUGUUGGUGGCUCCUGUGCUGGCUCACGUUGGACCUCUCGAGCAGCUGUCCUUCGAACCAAACCCUGGAGAGGUGGAGGAGAUUUUUAAUUUGUCUUUGUCCCAUUUGUGUGACCCUCAAAACCGCGGGUAUACACACUUUCGCACAGGGGACAAGUAUGGAUACACACUCCCAGUGUUUUGCAACGGGAAGCAUCGCGUGUGGGGUCUGACAGCUGUUGCCUUAGAUCACACACUUAAACUUCUCAUCCCAGCACAUUUGCAGUGAAGGCUGUUGAUUGGGUGGCACGGAGUUCAUAUUUAGUAAUGUGCAAUCAAGAAGAACAUUUUAUUUGUUUAAUUAAAGUGAAGAACUUUUGUCUCAAUACUACUACAAUUUUAUGAGUAGUUACACAUGUUGCUUUGGGUCACCAACUGGACUCAUGGAAUGGAAAAUUAUUUACAUGAGCUAACCUGAGAAUUUUUACCCAUUUACCUGUAUUGUUUUUACCUCACUUAAGCCUUUACUUUUUAAGAUGACAUACAUCACUAUGUGGUCUGUUGAAGGAAAAAUGCAAUAAAAAGAUCACCUGAACAUUUU